UUUCCCUCACACAAUAUUAUUCCUUUUCCCUCUCCCAUUCCUACUCCCAAAUCACAAUUCCUCUUCUUUUUUUCUUUUUCUCUGAGUCUCAGCCAUAUCCAUCAUCUUUCUCUCUCCGCCGCAUGCGGCGGUGACGUUUGAUACCCUUCUUCUUAUACAGAUCCGCCGCCCCUUCUUCCUCCCAACGCCGCUUUCUGCUGUGGACCCGGUUUAUGACGAUUCCUUGGCAAACAACAAACGCAUAUUGAAGAAUUUGUGGUUUCACGAUUUUACCCCUCGAAAUCAGAAGUAUCAGUAGCGUCUACGCUUGACAACCCUACGAUGAUGAGUCAGCAUCCCCGUAGGAAGCUGCCACGUGGCAACCCAAGAAAGGGCAAGCACGCUGAAGUUGACAAGCCGGCUGCGCCGAAAGCUACUGAGCCGCCAUCCUCAAAUCGGCUUCUAGCCGGCUACCUUGCGCACGAGUUCUUGACCAAAGGGACUCUGUUGGGUCAGAAGUUUGAGUUCGACUUGACCCGAUCCGGCGUGGCUGAGCCAAAGAGGGAGCAGGAUAAUUACAAGGAGGUGGCAAACCUUUUGAGGACAAAGGGAACCCAUGUAAAGGGAAUUGUGAAUCCCACCCAGCUUUUCAACUGGAUUAACAAGAAAUCUUGUUCCAGUGCAUAUUAUUCUCCAAGGCCACUUUCAAGGCUGCAUAUUGGGAGAUAAUGGACGGCAUGUUGUUCAGAUAAUGGUCUUGGUUGAAUGCUAGAGUGAAUAGUUUUAUUUAUCCCUUACAUGCACAUGCUGGCACCUUAAUCCUACGCUUUUUAAGUUAAGCUCCUUUGGGUCUUAGUGGGAAUUAUGGAACAUAUAUACAAAAACAAUGUUACUGAUUCGUGCUUACUGGUUUCUAACAGAUGUAUUAAUUGUAUUUGUGACUGCAAUAGGGCAAGGGAUCGCAAAUAUGGUCUAUUGUUGCUCGUGUACGUAAAACUAAUAUCAAAUUAGAUGAUUAUAAAAUUUCAAUUUUCAAGCCUAAAAA